AUGGUGUACUUGUCGGGCGUAACGCUCUUCCGCGACGACGCGGGCGCGUCGGACGCACCGCUGAACGUGGAUGUGUUCGUGGGUGCGGCACUGAGCGGGGCGUACAGGACUGGUGUCACGCUCGUGGGAGGUUUGUGGGCUGACCUACUGCUGGGCGGGGGCGCGCGCUUUGGGGCAUCGUUGGGGCGUGUGAUGUUUGCGAUCCUCGGACGGCCCGCUUUUGAGACGUCCGAGAGCGUGUUUGCUAAACGAAGGAAAGGCGUGGCUAUUGGGCCGUCGUGA